AGUUAUAAGACCUAACCAUGAGUGACCAAAUAAAAUACAUUGUGGACAGUCUUAAUAAGGAGCCUUUUAAGAAGAAUUAUAACUUAAUCACUUUUGAUUCCUUGGAGCCUAUGCAACUAUUACAAGUUCUCAAUGAUGUUCUUGCUGAGAUUGACUCAAAGCAAGUCAUUGAUAUCAGAGAGGAGAUGCCGGAGCAGACAGCCAAGAGGAUGUUGAACCUUCUUGGUAUCCUUAAAUACAAACCUCCAGGAAAUGCAACGGACAUGAGUACCUUUCGUCAGGGUCUGGUGAUCGGAAGUAAACCUGUCAUUUACCCAGUACUCCACUGGCUUCUUCAGAGAACUAAUGAACUAAAGAAAAGAGCAUAUUUAGCUCGUUUUUUAAUAAAGCUUGAAGUGCCAAGCGAGUUUCUUCAGGAUGAAACUGUAGCUGAUACCAAUAAACAGUAUGAAGAAUUGAUGGAAGCUUUUAAAACUUUGCAUAAAGAAUGUGAGCAGCUUAAGACAUCCGGAUUUUCUACAGCAGAAAUAAGAAGGGAUAUAAGUGCAAUGGAGGAAGAAAAGGAUCAGCUCAUUAAGAGAGUAGACCGCCUGAAGAAAAGGGUGGAGACAGUUCAGAAUCAUCAACGAAUGCUUAAAAUAGCAAGGCAACUUCGACUUGAAAAAGAGAGAGAAGAAUUUCUGGUGCAACAGAAACAGGAACAGAAGAAUCAGCUUUUUCAUGCAGUACAGAGACUGCAAAGAGUACAGAACCAGCUGAAAAGUAUGCGCCAUGCCGCAGCAGAUGCAAAGCCUGAAAGCUUAAUGAAGAGACUAGAAGAGGAAAUAAAGUUUAAUUCAUAUAUGGUAACAGAAAAAUUUCCGAAGGAAUUAGAAAAUAAGAAAAAAGAAUUGCAGUUUUUGCAGAAAGUGGUUUCAGAACCUGCUAUGGGCCAUUCUGAUCUUCUGGAACUUGAGACUAAAAUAAAUGAAAUAAACGCACAGAUCAACCAACUUAUCGAAAAGAAAAUGAUGAGAAAUGAGCCAAUCGAAGGCAAGCUCUCGCUGUACCGGCAACAGGCAUCCAUCAUUUCUCGUAAAAAAGAAGCCAAAGCGGAAGAACUUCAGGAGGCCAAGGAGAAGCUCACGGGCCUGGAGAAGGAGGUGUCUGUGAAGACCAGUCAGACGCGGGAGCUGGAUGGCGCCGAAGUCCUGAAGGGUGAUGAGUUCAAACGAUAUGUCAGUAAACUUCGAAGCAAGAGUACAGUCUUCAAAAAGAAGCAUCAAAUAAUAGCUGAAUUUAAGGCUGAAUUUGGUCUUUUGCAGAGGACAGAAGAACUUCUUAAACAACGUCAUGAAAAUAUUCAGCAUCAGCUGCAAGCUGUCGAGGAGAAAAAGGGCAUAUCCGGCUAUAGUUACACGCAGGAAGAGCUGGAAAGAGUGUCGGCGCUGAAGAGCGAGGUGGAUGAGAUGAAGGGGCGGACGCUGGACGACAUGUCAGAGAUGGUGAAAAAGCUGAAUUCACUGGUAUCUGAGAAGAAGUCAGCUCUAGCCCCAGUUAUAAAAGAACUACGACAGUUGCGACAAAAAUGUCAAGAACUAACCCAGGAGUGUGAUGAGAAGAAAUCGCAGUAUGAUAGCUGUGCAGCGGGCCUCGAGAGCAAUCGGUCCAAGCUAGAGCAGGAAGUCAGAGGACUCCGUGAAGAAUGUCUUCAAGAAGAAAGUAGAUACCAUUAUACAAAUUGUAUGAUUAAGAACCUAGAAAUGCAGCUUCGUCGAGCUACAGAUGAGAUGAAGGCGUACGUCUCCUCCGACCAGCAGGAGAAGAGAAAGGCGAUCAGGGAACAGUAUACCAGAAAUAUUGCCGAACAGGAAAAUCUGGGGAAGAAACUUCGAGAAAAACAAAAAGCUGUACGAGAAAGUCAUGGUCCAAAUAUGAAACAAGUGAAAAUGUGGCGUGAUUUCGAACAGUUGAUGGAGUGUAAGAAACAGUGCUUUCUGAAGCAGCAGAACCAGGCGGCCAUCGGCCAGGUGAUUCAGGAGGGAGGAGAGGACCGCCUGAUUCUCUGAAGCCUCGCAUCGGAUGAGGCCGCAGUCCAUCCCACUCACUGACAGCGCAUCCCAGGAUGCAGUUCUUAAAAGUGAUUUGUGCAACACUUUGCUCUCAGAAUAGCUGUUUCCUAUUAAGUUUUCUUGGAAGACAGUAUAUGUGGGCUUUUAAGUUUAAGUUUGAGAAAGAGACUUUUGUUGUUUUGCUUGGUUUAGUCAUCAGUGGUGUCUUCUGAGUUUUAUGAGACAGGAGACUAAGUUUACUAUCCAUAAAAUGAAAACAUGUGUCCAUCAAGAAACAUGUCACUUCUUUUAAGUAUAAAUAACCUAAUGACUUACUGUUUCUCUCAAUCUUUUUUUAACUUUAGAGGACUCUUUUAGCAACUAAUAUCUCUUGUUUUGAAGAAACGUUUAUCUGAAGUUCAUUAGUUCCUACAGAGUUCAUUAGUUCCUACAGUUUCACUUCAGUUUCUUUUUUUUUUUCUGUGACUGUCACACAAUUUUAGUAUUUUGAAUGACAUAGUUGUUCUCUUUGUAAAUUUAAUGGCAAAUAAAACUUAGUGCACAUAUCAUGACUUUUUAUCUUAAAAUUAUAGUUUUGUCACAUUG